GUUCACUCACAGACUCCCUGUGAUUGCACUCAAAGCUCCCUCCUUCGUCGUCUACCUCUAGACACCCCAACCUCUCUCUCUCCUCCAUCCCUCUCUCUCUACACUCGAAUGCGAUCUCUGCAAACACCCGAGUUCUACAAUGUCGACGAUAUCGUCACAAUUUCUCCCCAUCAAUGACCAACCGAAGCUCGCACUCUCAUCUUCCGCCUCUCCGCUCCCUCCAUUUCCCCAACAUUCUCGAACCUCCUCGAGACCACGGCGAUCUUCGGUUCCCUACACCCGUACUCGUGUCGCAAAACCGAUACACGCCUCCGCCGCCCAACCGCCCUCCGCCACGUCGUCAGUCACGGUCGAAAUCCCAGAGUCCGAAUCCGACCCGUCCGCCACGGUCUUCGUGAUCCGGGCCCGGAACCGCAUCGGCCUCCUCCAGGUCAUCACCCGCGUCUUCAAAGUCCUCGGCCUCCACGUCGACAAGGCUACCGUCGAAUUCGAGGGUGAAUACUUCGUAAAGCGGUUCUUCGUCACCGAUUCCCGCGGCGCGAAGAUCAGCGACCCGGAGAGCCUCGAGCGGAUCAAGAAUGCCCUGGCGGAGGCCAUUGAGGACGGCGGUUCGGUCUCGGUUGGUCCCACGAGUCCCACCACGAGGGGCGUCGUAGUCCGCCGUCCAGGGUCGGGUCUAGGCCUGACAUUUGGCUCGGACGGCGCCAAGGCCGAGAGGAUGUUCGCGCUAAUGGAUGGGUUCUUGAAAAAUGACUCAAUUAGCCUUCAGAAGGACAUUCUUCGUCACGUUGAGUACACAGUGGCCAGGUCCCGCUUCAGCUUCGAUGACUUUGAGGCUUAUCAGGCUCUAGCGCAUAGUGUGAGAGACCGGCUGAUCGAGCGUUCGCAUGAUACUCAACUUUACUUCAAGAGGAAAGACCCUAAGCGCGUAUACUUCCUCUCGCUUGAGUUUCUUAUGGGUCGUUCCUUGUCGAAUAGUGUCAUCAACCUUGGCAUUCGGGACCAAUAUGCAGAUGCUUUAAGCCAGCUUGGCUUUGAGUUUGAAGUUUUGGCAGAGCAGGAAGGAGAUGCUGCCCUUGGUAAUGGUGGCUUAGCCCGUCUUUCAGCUUGUCAAAUGGAUUCUAUGGCAACUCUGGACUAUCCUGCAUGGGGUUACGGACUACGUUACGAAUAUGGAUUAUUCCGCCAGGUCAUACUAGAUGGCUUCCAACAUGAACAACCUGAUUUCUGGUUAAACUUUGGAAAUCCUUGGGAGACAGAGCGGGUUCAUGUAACGUAUCCAGUAAAGUUCUAUGGGGUCGUUGAGGAGGAAAAUCUGAAUGGAGAAAAACGUAAUAUUUGGACCCCUGGAGAAGUGGUAGAAGCUGUGGCUUAUGAUAAUCCUAUACCUGGUUACGGAACAAGGAAUACCAUUACUCUCCGUUUAUGGGCCGGAAAGCCAAGUGAUCAACAUGAUAUGGAAGCUUAUAAUACUGGAGAUUACAUCAAUGCUGUUGUUAGUAGACAGAAAGCAGAAAAUAUAAGUAGUGUUUUGUACCCUGAUGACCGUUCUUUUCAGGGGAAGGAACUGCGGUUGAAACAACAAUAUUUCUUUGUCUCUGCAUCCAUACAAGACAUUAUUCGGAGGUUUAAAGAUGGUCACAGUAACUUUGAUGAAUUUCCAGAAAAGGUUGCUCUGCAGCUGAAUGAUACUCACCCAUCUCUUGCAAUAGCUGAGGUUAUGAGAGUGCUUGUUGAUGAAGAGAAUUUGGGUUGGAAUAAAGCAUGGGACAUUGCUUGCAAAAUCUUUUCAUUCACAAUACACGCAGUAAUUGCUGAAGGGUUGGAGAAAAUCCCUGUUGAUUUACUGGGCAGUCUUCUCCCACGUCAUUUACAAAUUAUAUAUGACAUAAACUUUAAGUUUGUGGAAGAGCUGAAGAAGAGGAUUGGUUUAGAUUACAAUCGGCUGUCCCGGAUGUCAAUUGUUGAGGAAGGUUCUACAAAGAGUAUCCGAAUGGCAAAUCUGGCAAUUGUAUGCUCCCAUACUGUGAAUGGUGUUUCCAACGUACAUUCAGAAUUAUUAAAAACAAAGUUAUUCAAGGACUUUUAUGAGUUGUGGCCUGAGAAAUUUCAGUGCAAGACUAAUGGUGUUACCCAGCGUCGCUGGAUUGUAGUGAGUAACCCUAGCCUGUGUGCUCUUAUCUCAAAAUGGCUUGGAACAGAAGCUUGGAUUCGUGAUGUUGACCUUCUAACUGGCUUGCGUGAGUAUGCAGCAGAUGCUGACCUUCAACAAGAAUGGAUGAUGGUUAAGAAGGUUAACAAAAUGAGGCUUGCUGAGUACAUUGAAGCAAUGAGUGGUGUGAAGGUUAGUUUAGAUGCAAUGUUUGAUGUGCAGACAAAGCGAAUACACGAGUACAAACGACAGUUGCUGAAUAUACUUGGCAUUAUCCAUCGAUAUGAUUGUAUCAAGAACAUGGAGAAAAGUCAACGGAAUAAGGUUGUGCCUCGUGUUUGUAUUAUUGGAGGAAAAGCUGCUCCUGGUUAUGAAAUUGCAAAGAAGAUUAUCAAACUUUGUCAUGCUGUAGCAGAAAAAAUAAAUAAUGAUGAUGAUGUUGGCGAUCUGUUAAAACUGGUUUUCAUUCCUGAUUAUAAUGUAUCGGUUGCUGAAUUGGUAAUACCCGGGGCUGACCUUUCACAACACCUAAGCACCGCAGGACAUGAAGCGUCUGGAACCGGAAGCAUGAAGUUUCUUAUGAAUGGCUGUUUACUCUUAGCUACAGAAGAUGGCUCUACAGUUGAAAUUGUUGAAGAAAUAGGGGCAGACAACCUGUUUUUGUUUGGCGCAAAGAUUGACGAAGUUCCCAAAUUGCGAGAGGAAGGAUCUGCUCAAAAAAUGCCACUGCAAUGUGCACGCGUUCUCAGGAUGGUCCGAGAUGGUCAUUUCGGCUUUAAAGACUAUUUCGAAUCUCUUUGUGACAAGGUUGAGGGCAACGACUUCUAUUUGCUUGGAUCUGAUUUCGAAAGCUAUUUAGAGGCACAGGCCGCUGCUGAUAAAGCAUUUGCGGAUCCACAGAAGUGGACUCAGAUGAGCAUCCUUAGCACAGCCGGGUCUGGGAGAUUCAGCAGCGAUAGAACAAUCCGAGACUACGCGGAGAAGACUUGGGGAGUUGAACCGUGCAGAUUCCCUUCCGACGGCUAGCUCACCCUCACUCCCACCGUAGAAGCAACAUUUUACCGAUGUGAAUCGGUGGUUAAUAAGCUUGCUAAUAACAUCUAUGUCGAGAUAUAGCGGUUUUGGCAGAGAGAGAGAGAGAGAGAGAGAGAGAGCUCUUAUGCAUAUAUUGCAACCGAAAAUGUAAUAACAUAGGCUAUAGCUUAUAUAGCCUCGCGAAAAUAAUUAAUCCGUAAAGUUGGUAACUCACCGGUGGAUACUUAAGUAUUGUUCGGUUGAAGAAGAGCCAAUUGACUUUGUAAUGUGCCAAUUGAAUUGCUACUUUCGUUAAA